GAGCGUGUUUUAAACGUGAUGGCUUCCAACUUUGACAGCUCAGAUCGUAGUCGCCGCACGUUAUGUAAGCAACGGGAGAUGUCUCCACACUAACUGCUUAUUACCAAACUAUAUUCUACGCCAAAGAAACAGCUUUUGAUAAAAUGGAAAACGAAAAAUCAACAUCAGUCAAUGGCCGCGCUAAAACAGAAACAAAACAAGCCGGAGAGGUGCAACUGAAGAAGAAAAUAACUCUGAUAAAUGGCGUUGCCAUCAUCGUAGGAACCAUUAUAGGUUCAGGGAUCUUCGUAUCCCCGAAAGGUGUUUAUGAACAUUCGGGUUCGCCGGGGGUGGCUUUGAUCAUAUGGACCUUAUGUGGGGUUUUCUCUAUGUUUGGCGCUCUCUGCUUUGCAGAGUUAGGAACAUGCAUUACUAAAUCGGGAGGAGACUAUGCUUAUAUUAUGGAGGCUUUUGGACCAGCAUUAGCAUUUUUGAGACUGUGGGUCGGUCUUUUCAUAAUACGGCCAGCUACGCAAGCAGUCCUGGCCCUUACAUUUGGUUAUUACAUACUGGAUCCUUUUUAUCCAAACUGUAAGCCACCAGAGGAAGCUUUGAGAUUUCUGGCAGCUGUAUGUUUAGGCAGUGGAAGUGAAGUCAACGACAGUGCCGCCACACUGGAUGAAAUAACAUUAGAAUGCAGGGAUUUGGAAGUGAAAGUGCAG